UGAUGUCACAGGCGCGACGGUCAUGGCGCUGAUUGGCACAUAUCGAGGCUUCUCUGCCCUCCGGGCGCUGCCUCGAACCCGGACCCGGUCCUGGGCUUCCAGCCGGGGACUGGGGUACAGCGCAGCACCGGAGAGAGAAACUUCCAGGCUCCGUUGUUCCGUCUUUUUGAAUCACCACCAGGCCCGUGUCACCACCACGACUUCUUUCUCCUGGCGCUCUUACAGCACCCAGACAGCACAGAGUCAGGAGGAAGAGUCAUUACAUAACAUCAUCACUGACUCUGAGAAUGUGGAAGGAUCUUUUACCAAGUAUGAGUUUCAAGCAGAGACGAAAAAGCUUCUGGAUAUUGUUGCCCGGUCUUUGUACUCUGAGAAGGAGGUAUUUAUUCGUGAGCUGAUAUCCAAUGGAAGUGAUGCCCUUGAAAAGCUCCGUCACAAAUUGCUAAGCAACGCUCAGGACCAGGGGCCACUGGAACUUCACUUGCAGAGUGAUACGGAGAAGGGAACCCUAACGAUCCAAGAUACUGGUAUAGGGAUGACCAGGGAAGAACUCGUUCUGAAUCUGGGAACUAUCGCACGUUCUGGAUCUAAGGCUUUCCUGGAGGCUUUGCAGAGCCGGACAGAGGCUGGCACUGGGAUCAUCGGGCAGUUUGGGGUUGGAUUCUACUCUGUGUUCAUGGUGGCUGAUAAAGUGGAGGUGUAUUCACAGGUUGCAGAGAGUAGCAGCACAGCAUAUAAAUGGACUUCUGACGGCUCUGGGAUGUAUGAAAUUGCUGAAGCCACUGGGGUGAGGUCAGGAACAAAAAUCGUCAUCCACUUGAAGGAAGAUUGCAAAGAGUUUGCAAGUGAAGAUCGGGUUCGAGAGGUGGUGAACAAAUACAGCAACUUUGUCAGUUUUCCAAUCUACUUGAAUGGACGCCGAUUGAACACGCUCCAGGCUCUGUGGAUGAUGGAUCCAAAGGAGAUCAGCGAGUGGCAACAUGAAGAAUUUUACCGCUACGUCGCAAAGGCUUAUGACAAACCACGAUACAUCCUUCAUUAUCGAACUGAUGCCCCACUCAACAUUCGCAGCAUCUUCUAUGUACCAGACAUGAAGCCGAGUAUGUUCGACGUGAGCAGAGAGAUGGGGUCCAGUGUGGCAUUGUACAGUCGGAAAGUGUUGAUUCAAACUAAAGCCAGCGACAUCCUACCGAAGUGGCUCCGAUUUCUGCGCGGUGUUGUUGACAGUGAAGAUAUCCCAUUGAACCUCAGUAGAGAGCUACUGCAGGAGAGUGUGCUCAUCAGGAAGCUGCGAGAUGUUCUGCAGCAACGCCUGAUCAAAUUCUUCCUGGACCAAGGGAAAAAAGAGCCGGAGAAGUUCAUCAAGUUUUAUGAGGAUUACGGAUUGUUCAUACGUGAGGGGAUUGUGACGACUGCUGAGCAGGAUGUGAAGGAGGAUAUUGGAAAACUGUUGAGAUUUGAAUCGUCUGUGCUGCCAGCGGGUCAAGUGACCAGUCUAGCGGAGUAUGGCAGCAGGAUGAAAGCAGGCAGUCGGAAUAUUUAUUACCUGUGUGCCCCAAACCGUCACCUGGCAGAAUAUUCACCGUACUUCGAAGCCAUGAAGAAGAAGGAAAUGGAGGUUCUUUUUUGCUAUGACCAGUUUGACGAACUGACUCUCCUACACCUACGGGAGUUUGACAAGAAGAAGCUGAUUUCUGUGGAGACUGACAUUGUGGUGGACCAUUAUAAGGAGGAAAAGUAUGAGGACAGCAGGCCAGUGACUGAAAGCCUGCCUGAGUCAGAGGCUGAGGCACUCGUGGCGUGGAUGCGGAAUGCACUUGGAGAACGAGUGGCGAAUAUUAAGUUGACGCCGCGGUUGGACACUCACCCUGCCAUGAUUACUGUGCUGGAGAUGGGUGCUGCGCGACACUUCCUACGCACUCAGCAGCUUGCCAAGUCCAGCGAGGAGCGGGCUCAGAUUCUGCAGCCAACGCUGGAAAUCAAUGCUAGUCACUCACUGAUAAAGAAAUUGAAUGAAUUACGAGACAAGAAUCUGGAACUAGCUAAGUUGCUGCUUGACCAGAUUUAUGACAACGCCAUGAUCGCUGCGGGGCUGAAUGAUGACCCCCGACCUAUGGUCAGCAGAUUGAAUGAGCUUCUGACCAAAGCACUGGAAAACCACUGAAGAUUGAGGGACGGGCCCUAAUGCCUCUGGUCGGCAUGUGUGGCGUCUUAGGACCAUCAAGAAAGAUCCGGCAAUCCAUCCCCACUGAGCCUGUGUUUGACAUUGUGCUUUGUGCCAUGUAAUUUGUCCAAUCACAAACAGUGUUGACACAAAUAAUAUAUGUUGAAAUAAAAGAUUCUCCAAGUAAAA